AAUUAAAAGAAACGGGAUAUUUUGUUAAAGCGCCCAAACACUUGGUAGUGAGCCAAAAUCAUACAUUUAAAGACACGCAAUAUCACAGAGUGUGUCAUGUUUAGUGUUUUAAUCAUGGUAGACACAAGGAGAAUUGGAAUUUUCCUUCUCUGUUUUGUGGCGCUGUCGGCGGUUCAUGGUCAACCACAUCAUCCUGGCGAUCAUGACUGGGAUGACCAUAGCGAUGACCAGGACCAUCCACCUGGCGAAGAGGCGAACAUUGUGUUGUGUGCGCACGUGAAAGAGUGGCCUUCUGGUGUGCAAGUGUACCCCGGGCUCGUGUGCCCCGUGCACUGCUGCCAGCGGAACGACCAUGUGGAAUGUUGUGAGGAAGAGGAACCGGAACCAGUCGAGCACGGGAAGGGCCGGAUGUUGGCGCUGAUCAUCGUGGCGUCACUGCUGGCCGUCCUCUCGAUCGCAUGCUUCGCGUUCGGCUGUUACAAGCACAAGAAGGCGAAGCUGAGGAAAACUCGCCCCACUGGCUCACCAAACGACGUUCCAGUGCGGCUCGAGACCAUCUCGGGCGGCCGGUACACCGUUCCCCGGCGGGCGGCGGGAUGGGGAGAAGAUUUCAAACUUCCUCCGUCCACCACUAGCGGCAAAUACAAGAUUCCAGACGGCCCGCCGACAUAUUCACAGGCAACCAACAAUUACCCGACACAGCCCCCACCCUACACCAGCCCCGAACCGCCCAUUGACACGUGGAAUGCCGGAAGCGGCAAGGAGACGCCGAUUCCUCCGGCGGAUGUGCCCAUUGCAACCGCGCCUUCCGGCACAGUAUAUCUGUCCAGCUCAUAGAAAAUGAGGAUAAGGAUAAGGCACCUACGGAAGACAUUUUUCUUAUGUACUAGUUUACAUUUUAAGGGUUUUUGAAAAACCUGACUGCAGUUUAUAGACGUGCAUAACACUCGUUUUGUUCCUGUUACCAUUGUUAGACCUAUUUCACAAAAACAGCAUAUUUUCAAUACGAGCAAUACUUGCAAUUUCCCUCAUUAACAAACAAGUAAACAAUUAUAUCAAGUUUGUGUUGCCAGAAUAUAUCACGUAACAUUCAAGUAAUAUUAGUUGUCCAUACUAAGAAUUAUGCUUGCUUUAUUGUAGUAUGUUGCUUUAAAUAUGUAUUUAUGAAAUUGAACUCUUUAGGUUUCUACUCAUUCUUUAAUAUGUUGUAUGUUAUGUGACUUUGUUCUUAAACAUCUGUUUAUUUGUCUAAGUUAAAUUAUGUGUAAAAGCAAGUUCAAUAUUAAGUUUAGUGGUCAACAUAUUGUUUUGUUCAUUGAGAAGGCAGUAUGCAUCCAAAUUUGCCAAUACAUUUAUUACAGUAAAUCAGCAGUCAUCCAAACUUAAUCAGGUGAGCCGCUAGUUAUAAGCAGUGGCUGGCCCACUUAGUAGGUAUUGUCACAACAGUAUGUAAACCAGUAAAAUGGUAAAGGUUGUUAGUAUGUACUUACACAAAAUAAAUGGUUAUUCGACUGUGUCCCAUCAAUCCAUUAUUUUUUUAAGUAUAUACUUACAACAUUUAACCAUUACUUAAUGUAGCCUCUUUACUGACUUAAAUGUCGUUUGACUAUUCCAAUGUGACUGCUCAAUAUCUAUGCAUGUAAAUACUACCAGCCCCCUUUCAUUCUGUUACUGUGAUAGUGUUAAGUUUGUAUUCAUUUUUUAAUAAAAGAUUCUCGACACAA